CUAAACCGGCUGGGCGCGUUUGAUGCAGCGGAAGAAAUGGCGUCGUUCGAAUGCAUCUUCACGAGUGACGGCGCCGGCCAGUUGUGGAACACUUGCGUGUGGGACAUGGUGUCGGCGUCGGUGCUCUCGCAGUACAAGGGAGGCGCGAGCAGUCCGCGUACGCUCUGUCUGUUGGGCUCGGACUACGUGGUCGGCGCGCAGCACGACAAGCCGCUGCUGCGGGUCUGGUCGCUGCAGCGUCGCGAUCAGAUUCAGAGGCAAAUCGUGUGCCCUGGCAGGGUCUCUGCGUUGGCGGCGUCUCCGGACGGCCUGUACUGCGUGGCCGGUAUAGGCGACAAGAUCUACCUGUGGCAGGUCUCAUCGGGUGACCUUCUCGCCGUGGUGAGCCGUCACUUCCAGCUGAUCACGUGUUUGCGUUUCACCGAUGAUGGUGGUCGCUUCGUUUCGGCGUCACGGGACGGCCAGGUGCUGGUCUGGGACCUGGCCGAGGUUGCCUGCACCGCCACGCGGGGACCCGCCGAGCCCAUGCACGCAUGGUCGCAACACAGCUACGACGUCACUGAUGUCCACAUCGGUGCCCUGGGCGGGACACGUUGCUACACCUGCUCGGCUGACCAGACGUGCCGUGUGUUCGACAUUGACAGUGGCGAGCUGCUGGCCACCAUGGUGCUUGACGCCCCGCUGACGGCGGUCGUCACAGAUCCGGCCGAGGACCGCAUCUUCGCCGGUUCCGGCACAGGGAAGAUAUUCGAGGUGGCCCUGUACAAGUGGAACACAGGCAACAAGCGACCAGAAGCAACGUUUGUUGGCCAUGAAGGCAAGGUGACCUGCCUGGCAACGUCACUGGAUGGCCAGCUGCUGGUAUCAGGCAGCGAGGACUGCACAGCGCGAGUGUGGGAUGUCACCUCUAAGCAAUGCAUACACGUCCUGCACCACAAAGGAGCUGUUACCAACGUACUAGUCGUCCCAACACCUGCGGCACUGGCAUCGAUGCGGCCUUCACCACCAACGCUUCCACUGGGCGUCUUCAAGCGUACUACACAGGCUGCCAAGGAUCCGAACGGAGUUCCCGUGCACCUGGACUCUGGUCUGGUGAGCAUGAUUCGUGAGGAGGAGGUGCGACGAAACGCAUUGCCACGCAUGGACUGGGCUGAGGCACUGCUGUCUAUGUCUUCGUCGUCUGCUGCUGGUGACGAGGAAGCAGACGAUGACGACGAUGAAGAUGAGGGCAGCGCUUUUGAGGGGGAGGAGGACUUGAGCAAGCAGGUGGCCAUGCUCAAGGAGGUGAACAAGCAGCUGUAUAGUUACGCUUGGAACUGCGUUCUGAGGCAGCAACAGGUGACGGGCAGUGAUGUGUCAUCGCUGUGAAUUGAGGUUAUCAUGGUGUUUGAAGGAUUGAUGAAUAAACAAGGUGAUGUGUUCUAUGUCA